AUGCGGCUCUUUUCCACCCUGGCAUUCCUCUGCCUCCUCCCACUCAUCGCUCUCGCAGCGGAAGAUUACUACAAACUCCUCGAGCUCGACAAAUCCGCGUCGGAACGCGACCUCAAAAAGUCCUAUCGCCGCCUCUCCAAAAAGUAUCACCCGGACAAGAACCCCAACGACGAAACCGCCCAGGACAAAUUCACCCAAGUCAGCGAAGCCUACGAAAUCCUCUCCGAUCCCGAACUCCGCAAAAUAUACAAUGCCCAUGGCGCCGCCGGAGUCAAACAACACAAGGAGCGCGGGGCGGGUGGAGGAGGAGGACGUAAUCCUUUCGACAUGUUCAGUCAAUUUUUCGGUGGUGGGGGACAUUUCCACUCGGGACAUGGAGGACAACGCAGAGGUCCCGAGAUGAAUGUACGCGUCAACAUGCCUCUGAAGGAUUUCUACACGGGAGCCGAUCAUGAGUUUAAAGUGGAGAAGCAAAUCAUCUGUGAGACGUGCGAGGGCAGUGGAAGUGAGGAUGGGGAGAGGGAUACGUGUAACAAGUGUGGAGGACAAGGGAUGGUGAUUCAGAAACAAAUGUUGGCGCCGGGAAUCUAUCAGCAAAUGCAGAUGCAGUGUGAUAAGUGUGGGGGAAAGGGCAGUACGGUCAAACACAAGUGUAAGAAGUGUCAUGGGGAGAGGGUGGUGCGGAGUGUGGAGAGUUUUGAUAUCAGUGUGGAGAAGGGCAUGCCGAAGGGUGUGAGAGUGCAGUAUGAGAAUGAGGGCGAUGAGAGCCCGGACUUUGUGGCGGGGGAUCUUUGGGUGGAGAUUGUGCCGAGCGAGCCGGCUUUGGCCGCGGACCCGAAUGAGAGGACGGAUGGAGAGUUCUUUAGGAGAAAGGGCGAUAACUUGUUCUGGAGAGAAGUAUUGAGCCUGCGAGAGGCGUGGAUGGGAGACUGGACGAGAAACGUCACGCAUCUGGACGGGCACGUUGUGCAAUUAAGUCGGAAGAAGGGAGAGGUCGUGCAGCCGGGCACGGUGGAAGUCAUCCCCGGCGAGGGAAUGCCGGUGUGGAAGUGGCAAGAAGGACAGGGUCCCGAGUAUGGAGCACUCCACGUCGAGUACGUGGUUGUGCUGCCCGAUCAGAUGGAGAGCGGCAUGAAGAAGGACUUUAGUGCGACGUGGGAGAAGUGGAGGAAGAAGAACGGCGUGGAUCUCCACAAAGACAGUGGAAGGCCGUCGCCAAAGCACGAUGAGCUGUAG